CCUAAUAUAUACUAGUUAUCCAAAUUUCCAUGGAUAUAACUUGGUUAAUUAUAUAGCAAAGUUCUGGCAACGGUGCUGAGAUGAGAUAAAGGACAAACGGAUGAAGAAAUAUUUGAAGACGAAAUAUUUGAAGUUGGAAUUGUAAAAGCAUAGAGAAAAAUAAAAAGAUGGCAACGGGUGGAGGAGAGACGGGCGAUAGCUCAUCGUCUGAAACGGAUAAAAAAACGACAGAACCAGAUCUUGAUGUGGAAGGAAUGACAAAAAUAUUCGGAACAUGCAAAUGGUUCAACGAUGCCAAAGGAUUCGGAUUCGUGUCGGUUGAUGAUUCGUCGACACUUUCCGGAGAUGAGGAGGGAGAAGAGGGGAAACCCCGACCGGAUAUAUUUGUUUAUCAGGAUGUAAUAAAGAUGCCUGGCUUUCGAAGUCUUCGGAAAGAUGAAAAGGUAGAAGUCUGGUACAAGAAGUCAUCCAAAGGUUUGGAAGCUGUGAAAGUAGCCGGUCCCGGCGGCGCUGAUUGUCUGGGAAUGGAAAGAAGACCAAAACGAAGGAAAAAAGCAGACAAAUGCUACAAUUGUGACAUGAUAGGGCACCAUGUAAAAGAAUGUACGAAGCCACCAAUGGCAAAACGAUGUCACCAUUGCAAAUCCUAUUUGCAUCUAGUUGCUAAAUGCCCAAUAAAACACCCCCACCUUGUGGCAACCGGAAGUACUUCAAAUCAAGUUUACGGAACUGAACAACAACAACAACAACAACUACCUCAUUCAAAUGGCCAAUCUACCUCAAACCAGUCCUCUACCUCAUCUAGUGGACAAUACCAAGAGCCUAGAUAUGGUUAAAGUGGUGAAACUGACUUUACAAAGCCCACACGGGACAUUGCUGCUUAGCUGUGCCUGUCUGCAUAGCAGACAAGGUUUAAAAGGCACAGAUACAUGAGCUGAGUUUGAACAAACCAACAAAGGGGUCUGACGACUUAGUCAAUUGGUCAUUUGUUUUAUUUUUCCUUGAAUGAGGACUUUUUAGUGAGUACUUCAUGAAACCAAUUGCCAUUUUUAUCGCUAUAACGUAAUUUUAAAUUCAAAAAUUUCGCCUAAAAUUUCAUAUGGGCCAAUCAUUUUAUGGCUAAACCGAAUCCACACAAUUUUCACCUCCACACUCGAAGAGUGACAUAUUUCGAUGACGUCAGUUGAUGACGUCACAUUUGUAAUAGGCUUCACACGCCACUGUGCGAAGCUCUUCAUUUGAUGGUACAAUAUAUCACGACACCUCAAAAUAAAAUAUCCGCAGUAUUCGAUUCUCUCAUUUUGCUGUGUUCAAUCAACCGUAACCUCUCUCUCGUUUUUUCUACCUCAACAAAAUUGACCAAGAAUAGUGAAUGUCGUCACAAUUACAUUUGAGACACAUGCAUGAACACAAUUUUCAUUGGAAAAUCAUGGUUUUGUGACACUAGGGGCACAAUGGAGUUAAUUUUUAUAUUUUAAUACCGAAUACCUCAAUUUUUCCGCGUAGGACGAAAAUAAAAUCUUUUGAAAGAGCUGGUUUGAAGCUAAUCAAACAAAGAUUGGCAGAUUUUGGCGGGAAAUAUACAAUAUUUUGCUGGAAUAUACAAUUUUUGUUGGAAAAUAUACAAUAUUUAGCGAGAAUACACAUUUUUUGGUGGGAAAUAUACAAUAUUUCGCAUGAAAAAUACUAUUUUGGGGAGAAAUAUAAAAUAUUUGGAGAGAAAUAUUUCAAUUUUGGCGGGAAAAAUAUAACGUAUUGUGGCGGGAUAUAUAAAAUAUUACGCGGCAAAUAUACAUUAUUUGGCGGGAAAUAUGAAUAUGAUCAACCGAAGUGCAAACGCUUCCUUUUUGUCUUUUUUUUUCUUGUUUUAUUUUACUUCUUUUUAUGAAUUGGGGAGGAAAUAGCAAAAUCACAAAUUGUAGAAAUGUACACAGUUUUGUGUUUUUUUUUAAACUCUCUCAUAAAUUUGAAAACUUGACAAAUAUUUAAAUUUACCCUCACCCUUAAAUUCAAAGUUUCAAAUAUGAAAUUAAAUUCUUGCUUUUACGAGUAUGAAGUUCUGCAGAAGUCGUUAAAUUUGUGUUUUAAAAACUUCGAUUUAUUGUUUUACCCUUUAAAAAUUUUCAACUAAAAAUUGAUUAAACAUAAAAAGGAUUCAUUACCAACAUAGUCAUUGACUAUACAAGGCAAAAUUUUUGUUUGUGUGCAGGUGUUAUUCCACGCAACCAUUGCGUUUGAUCUCAGGGCCGUUUGUGUUUUGUUUGUACAUUUUUUGUUGCUGCCUACAAUAUGAUGUUCAAUAUGACGUCAUUAAUUCAUGUCGCUAUAAUUACAUGACGUCAUAUUUUGUUUUGUUCGUGAUUAUUCAAUUUUGUUAGAAUUGUUGUCUGUUCGAACACAUAUUACGUUCUUGUCCUAUUUCGGGGGUAAUUUUGUAUUGUCUCUUUAGAUAGACGCAAUAUUUUCGUUAGUAGAGAAACUCCUAAGAACAAGGUAUUGGUUGUAUUGUAAGUAAAGAGUAAAACCUGUUUCCAUAACAGUCCAAUAGCCCUCUAUGGAGGAGGCCAUUCAAAUGGCAAUCACGACCAUAUAUCCAUCCUUACACAUAACCUGCUGUCUUUAUAGCAACCCAAUAACCCUCUUAUGGAGGAGGGCAUUCAUUUGGCAAUUAGGACCAAAUACCCAUCCUUUUUCCUAACUGUUUUGUUUCUAGAAUGUACUCACCGGAUUCAGUAUUCCGGAUUUCAAAUUCAACCGACUCAAACCACUUUAAAUGGUUUUUAGAAACCCAUUUUUAAUUAUGGGUUUGUAAUUUUUGAUUUGAGAUAACGAGAUAGAAAAGCACCGGCCAACUUUAUAAGAUAAUUAGUAUCAUGAGUUUAGGAAGCAUUCUAUAGAAUCGCGAGUGUUUGUUACCAACCUAUUUCAUAGUAAAGCAUGCAUUACUGGUAAGAAGGAGACAACUUUUCGAACGUUCAUUUCGUCUUUACCAGUUGUUCUCAACAUUUUUUUCAUUGCUCACUUUUGUUGCGCAAAAUUUUGUGGCUCAUUAAGUUUUUUAUAUAAGGGAAAAACUACAAGAAAAAUGAAAAUUCUUUCUGCGAAAACAGACGCUUCCACUUAAUAUUUAAAAAAAGGAACGAUUUUCUCAACCAUUGGCCAUGGCCCAUUUCUGGGCCACAAAAAGAUUUUCAGAAACAAAUGAUAAUGCUGUUAUUUUACUACUAAAUGGUAAUUUCACUAUUUAAUUUUUCCCUUGCAUGAGAUAGUUAAUGAGCCACAGAAUUUUUGUGCAACGGAAGUGGGGUCACCCAAAUGAACAGGUCAAAAGACUAUUUCCGCUUUCAUUUUGACCAUUUCCGCUUUCAUGUGUUUCAAACAAUUUUGAGUGUUAUUUUUCCGCAUGGGAAUUUUUUACAAUCUGAUAAAAUUUACGGAUCAAAAACUUUUUUUACUUUUACGGAGAAAAUUGUAACUUCCAAACAUUUAAGAAGUAAUGUUUCGGUCUAUAAACUGCUAUAACUGCAAAUCUACCUCAAUAAUUUAGGAAAUAAAACAGAAAUUAUUAUUAAACCAUGCCCGAUCAUUUUCUGCCAGUACCGGAUUUAAUUGAAAUUUGUAUUUUCUUCUGUGCUUUGAAUGCUUUAAGACAGCCAAGACUUUUGAGAAUCCACGUUUUCCGGCUUCCCGUUGGAGCAGCUAGCUGUUAUGGUCUAACUUGGCAAAUAUAAUUUCAGAAAUUUAAUGAUGAAACUUUUGGAAUAAAUUUUUAAUUUCUAGUACCGGAUCUCCACGAAAUUUGUAUUUUUUCCGUGCUUUUCCGUAGUCGCUUUCUUGAAGGGCCACAACAAAAUGUUGUUACGAUGCUUUAGAAAAAUUAUGCACUGAAAUUACAUCUUUGGAAAUUCACCAAUGGCAAGUUUAUUCAAUGAAAUAUUCCACCCAGACAUAAUGAGCUCGAACUCUGGUAUCCGUCAAGCAGUUUUUGUGUGUACUUUUCAGGGGUGUCGUUUUUUUAUUUAAUUUUUCGUGGAAUAAGGGGAAAUUUUGGAUUUGGAUUGGACAAAUAUCUAGCACAGUGAUACUCAAACUUUUUAGGCUGCCUCCCUUUUCUAGGAUUUGGCUUUCAAAGUCGUUGCAAACAAUUUCAUAAGCUGAAUUUCCAAUACUUCCAAAAAACACAAUAUAUAAAGUAUCAUUUUUUUUACAAAAAUUCGCAAAUUUUGUAUUCCACAAAUUGGCCAUGUUUUGUAUUUACAGACUUCUUUUAAAAAAAUGUCGAAAAGGGGAAUUUGUCAUGAUUUUUCGAUGUUUCUUGCAUGAUCGGGUAUGGUUUAAUAUAAUUUCUGAUCUAGAUGACGUAAUGUUGUUUGUUUUUGAGUUAAUGUUUGUCUCGCGAUUUUCUUACAAUUUUUGUCAAAGACGAAUAUUAAACACCAUGA